AUGGCCUUACCACCUUCGACUUCUUUACCUGUCGUAAGCACCCCGACCUGCUGCUGCCGCAAGGGUGUGAAUGAUCGCCACGGCCGAAUCCCAGUUGGAGCCUGUGGGCAGCCGUGGAGAGCCAGCCAGGGCAGUGUUGUGCACAGCACAGCGCAAGAAGCUGCUUCUCUAGGUCGGUAUUACAUUCGUUACUGUGGUGUGAACCCAAGCACUGGGGCCAAGGUCUACUUGGGUGCCCUGGCUCUGGCGUGUCUCCUUCAUCGGCCCCCGAUGAGAGCAGAACGAGAGUAA